UCUGCCGACCAAACACGUGGUCAUUCCCACUUUUAAUCUCUGACUGGGUGAAGUGUAUCGCAGACCUCCUAAGGGAGAAGGACAUCUCGUUUUUCUAAAGCUCAGGACUGGAGUUUAACAUUGUUUUAAAAUGCAGAAGUGUUCGUUUUCCCUCCCCACAUCUUUUCGGGAUCUCUAUAUGCGACUAACGUUACUCGGAUUUUGUUUCCUGUACUCCUCAAUAGUCACAGGUGCACAAUCUGAAUGUCCUCUUCAGCUCGACCCACAGAGAGUUGUUGUGAGAUACGGCGAUUCUGUUGCAGUUAACUGUAGCACUUCAGUCCUGCAUAAAGGGAUGGGAUGGGAAGCCGAUGAGGGAAAAGUGCCCAUGACCAAAGACCAGAAUCUGAUCACAUGGAGAGUGUCAAACCUGACAGAAUGGGACAUAAAGCCAAUCUGCUACGUAAAUCCAAAUGAUAGAGGACAGUGUGUAGUAGUUCUCCCAGUCACUGUUUACAAGACUCCAGACAGUGUGUUCAUCAGCACUGUGUAUCACAGAGGACCAAUGAUGGAGGGACAGCAGUAUGAGCUCCAGUGUGACGUUCACAAUGUGGCUCCUGUUCAGUAUCUCACUGUCAAAUGGUACAAAGGACAGACUCUGCUGCAUCAAACCAACUUCACUGACACCAUCAAGACUCCAGUGAAUGAAACUGUCACACUCCUGAUCGGUCCAGACAGAGCUGAUGAUGGAGCUCAAUACAGGUGUGAAGCAGAGCUGGAUCUGGGAGCAGAAGGACCUCAACCUCAUCCUACUAAUUCAUCAAAACCUCUCAGCAUUGCUGUAUAUUAUAAACCAAUAAUCAAUGAGACCAAACUGCCCUCAGUAGUGCGUGUGUUUCGAGGCUAUGCAGAAGUGCUUGUUUGUGAAGCUGAGGGAAACCCAAAGCCAAUAAUCCGCUGGAGCUUCAGUUCAAAUGACAACAAGAACAAUGAAACUCUUACUAUAACAGAGUCAACACCUGAGAAUGUGUCCUGCACUGCAAGCAAUAUUGUUGGCAGUACCACCAGACAUGUAAAAGUGUCCAUACAAGAUAUUUCCAUCAGUUUUGUGAAUCACAAAGGAGAAUUGAUAGUGGGCACGCAGUAUGAGCUCCAGUGCAUCAUUCGUAAUGUGGAUCCAUCUAAGAGUGUUGUUGUGAGAUGGUACAAACUGAGUCAAACCAGCUCCCCUGACACCAACAAGACUCUAGUCAGUAGCGCAUCUAAUCUCCAGAUCAGUCCAAGCAAAACUGAUGAUGGAGCUCAGUACUGGUGUGAAGCAGGACUGGAAGCAGUAGGAACUCAACCUUAUCCAACAUUGUCAUCAGAACGUCUCAACAUUACUGUACAUUAUAAGCCAAUCAUCAAUGAGCUCAAACUGCCCUCCACAGUGCCUGUAUUUCGAGGCUAUCCAGAGGUGCUUGUUUGUGAAGCCGAGGGAAACCCAAAACCAACAAUCCUCUGGAGCCUCGGCGCAAAUGAAAUAAAGAAAAGUGAAACUCUUAUUAUAACAGAGUCAACACCUGAGAAUGUGUCCUGCAUUGCAAACAAUUCUGUUGACAGUACCACCAGACAUGUAAAAGUGGUAUUAAAAGAGGAUUACCUGCCCUUAAUAGCAGGACUUAUUGCAGUCAUUGUGGCAUUUAUCUCAGUCAUCUUCAUCUUCAUCUACUCUAUCUACUACAAAACAGCCAAGAUGGGCCAUUAUAGCCUGAAGGAUGCCAAGCCUAGUGCACAAAAUGGAAAUGUAGCACAGAAUGGCAAACACAACCCUAUUCCUAUGAAGAAACUCUCUCAGAGCAGUAUCCUUUUUGGGUGCGGUUUCGCUGGACAGUCACUCAUCUGGAGGCAGAGGCAGAGGCGACCCCUUUAUUUAUUCGCACGCUUCAACCGCGCCUGUGUCCGGUCGAUGCUACCCUCAAACACUUACAAUAUGCUGCACUGUUUUUGUGGACUUGUUUAUCUCUCGGCACUUUUGGCGUUUGCGACUCUCACAGGUGCACAAUCUGAAAGUCUUCUUCAGCUCGACCCACAGAGAGUUGUUGUGAGAUACGGCGAUUCUGUUGAAGUUAACUGUAGCACUUCAGUCCUGCAUAAAGGGAUGGGAUGGGAAGCCAGUCAGGGAGGAGUGUCCAUGACCAGAAACCAGAGUCUGAUCACAUGGAGAGUGUCAGAACUAACAGAAUGGGACAUAAAGCCAGUCUGCUACAUAAAUCUAAUUGAUAGUAAUCAGAGUCUAGUACAUCUCCCAGUCACCAUUUACAAGACUCCAGACAGUGUGUUCAUCAGCACUGUGAAUCACAGAGGACCAAUGACGGAGGGACAGCAGUAUGAGCUCCAGUGUGACGUUCACAAUGUGGCUCCUGUUCAGAAUCUCACUGUCAAAUGGUACAAAGGACAGACUCUGCUGAAUCAAACCACCUUCACUGACACCAUCAAGACUCCAGUGAAUAAAACUGUCACACUCCUGAUCGGUCCAGACAGAGCUGAUGAUGGAGCUCAAUACUGGUGUGAAGCAGAGCUGGAUCUGGGAGCAGAAGGACCUCAACGUCAUCCUACAAAUUCAUCAAAACCUUUUAAUGUCGAAGUAUACUAUAAACCAAAACACUCCAGUUCAACAGAGACCAUCAUUCAAGAUGAUAAGGUCAUGCUAGAUUGUACAGUGAAGGCAAACCCGGCUUCUACGUACACAUGGGAUCAUCUGAAAGAGAAGAGCAGCUCUCCGGUGCUCAAGUCCUCAGCACUCAGUCCAGGAAACUACACGUGCACCGCCACAAACACUCUGGGAAGAGACAGCAAAGUGUUCAUCGUCAAAUCUAAAUAUACAGACAGAACCACAUUCUGGGCUAUUGUUUUAACCGGCGUGGUGGUGGCAGUGGCGUUAAUCGCCGCUUAUUUGAUAUUCAAGUUUAGGUUUUCCAAGAAUUCUGUCAUUUGAUGGACAACAGAUGACCUCAAAGUGGGACAUUCUCCUCAGGGAGAUCAUAAAAAACCCUGAUUAUUAUGGGUUGUUUUUUAAAGGAAUUGUUCACCCUCAGGUCAUCCAAGAUGUAGAUGAGUUUGUUUCUUUAUCAGAACAGAUUUGGAGAAAUUUAUCAUAACAUCACUUGCUCACCAGUGGAUCCUCUGCAGUGAAUGGGUGCCGUCAGAAUGAGAGUCCAAACAGCUGAUAAAAACAUCACAAUAAUCCACAAGUAAUCCAGUCCAUCUAUGAAUGUCUUUUUGCAUCUUUAAGGCUUUGAAUUCUAAACCAUCGCUUCUGGACAUAAUCUAUAACAACACUUCCUCCAGUGAAAGAGUGUGUCCGCUGUUGUCCUCUUACAUCAAAAUACACCAACAUAUGUGUUUAGAACCAUUUUGGACUGUUUUCACUUACAAAGCAGAUUUUUAUUAUCAGGGGAACUAUUCCUUUAAUAAACUGAUGUGAUUUUGCAUGGCUUGGGGUGUUGUAGUACUGGGAACUGUUACGGCACUUUUAAAAAAAAAAAUUUUUUUUUAGCACCAUAUUCAACUUCAAAUUAGAUUUAUUUGUAUGUACAUUUACUAAUUAUUCUGGUCCUGAUAGGACAAAAUCAUUUCUCAUAAUUGUCAUUAAAUAUAACCACUUUUUUCCCUAUAAAAAUAGUUUCAAUUUUGCAAAGCUAUUCAUUUAAGAUCAUCAAUAAUACCUUUGGUGUAUUUUCAUCGGUGUCUAUGUUAAUUAGGUACUGAGUAUGUGUACUGUAAUAUUUUUUUACAUAAAUGAAUGUCAUAUUACAUGCUACACAUGUAAUAACAACAACAACAUUACUGUUUAAUUAGUCUGUUCCACAAAAUAUCUUUUUUUUUUUCUUCACAAAUUGUAUUAUCCUCAAUGUAUAGCUUCAUUUACAUUUGCACCCAUUAACUGCUUUAUCUAUCCACCAUAGUUUUAUACCUAAAGUGAAUUUAUUUGUUAUACACCCUCACAUUAUUUUUAUACUGAGGUUGGGACAUUGAUCAAUAGGCUUUUUACUAUUACAUGUACAGCAUGCUUUUUUCUAUGUAUUUUUGGAAAAUAUAAGUAUGCAUUUUUUUAUUUUGUGGUACAUAAGCGAUCGAGAGCAUGUUAUGAAUGCUUCAAAUAUGCUUUUUUUUUUUUAGCUAACCCUAACUGUAACCUUAACUAGCUAAAAAGUGCUAGACAAAUUAACCUAGUAACUGCCGGCUAAUGCAUUAACAUUAACAAGAAUCCAGCUGUUGUGAGUGAAGAAGAUAAAACAAAGAUUGCUGAAAUGAGAAAAUGAAUAUUGAUGUCAGUAGCCAACAACUUUCAUCACAAAGAUUCUCCAUAAUGCUGAUGAAAUAAAAGAAAAAUAUGUUACCUCAAAUAAUAGCAAGUACUAAUCAAGGGUUUUUACACAUCCUUCAUUGUGGUCUUCAUAUGCGUAUACUUAAAGUUGUGUCCUUUCCUUUUCUCUUUUCCUCUUCAGCUAAUGGCAUGAUGAGGUCAGUGGAAAAACAAUGAUCACAUGCUUUUCACCCAAUGAUUGCUCAUAGCUAUGAUACUUUGUAUGGAACAUAUUAAACUGAAGUUGUUAAUUGAAACUUCACAGUGUUGGUAACACGUCACAAUAUGGUUUUGAACACUACAAACAAGUGAACGCAAAAGCCGUAAUAUGACAACGUUAAAAAGUAUGGGACCUUACUGUAAAGUGUUAUCAACAUUUUUCGUACUCUGACUACUAUAUCACAUCUGAAUGUCUUUGAAUAAUGUGGGAGGACACACAAGUUAGUAAACGUUUCUUUCUCUGAAUGUAUGGUAGCAUCGCUUUUUCAUGUUUGUUUUUGUUUGUGUGCUUUUGUGUUAAUUGUAUUAAUAAAGAAUUUGUUCAAAAACCA